AGCGUUCUCCAAGACGGUGCGUUAUAAUUUGUUGUGGAAAUGGUUUCGGCCAUGCAAAUGACCUUGACUCCAACCAAGUGUAACAGUUAACAGACAAUGGCCCACUGCGAUGGACCUGCAGGCUAUGGUGGCCCAUAAUGAACAGCUUCUGUCGGGAUGUUUUCCUCGUGGUAGAGUCACUGAUCAUACCUUAUGUCUAUAUCGCUUUCAGACUUGUGUUUGGCACGCUGUACCCAGCCUACGCUUCAUAUAAAGCCGUGAGGACAAAGAAUGUGAAAGAAUAUGUGAAAUGGAUGAUGUACUGGAUUGUGUUUGCUCUAUUUUGUUCUGUUGAAACAUUCUCUGAUGUCUUCCUUUCAUGGCUCCCCUUCUACUAUGAGUUGAAGAUUGUGUUUGUGCUAUGGAUGCUGUCUCCUAUGACACAAGGCUCCAGUUUUCUUUUCAAGAAGUUUGUCCACCCUCAGCUUGCUCGCAGAGAAAAAGAUAUAGAUGAAAUGAUUGAGCAAGCAAGUAAACAAGGCUACUCCACACUGCUUACCUUAGGCACCAAAGGCCUUCAAGCUGUCAUGAAAACGGCUAUCAUGGGUCAGUCAAAGCUUGUGGACCAUCUACGAAGGAGCUAUAGUACUAGUGAUUUAUCAAAUGAUGGACAGAAUCUUAUAAGUAGACACGAGGCUUUAGACAGUCAAGAUGAAGGCGAGGAUGAACUAGACAACAGACUUCUAGAGGACAAUGCUGAAUUAGAAAGGAGAUCUAGAGCUCAACUCUUGAAAAGUAAAAGCCCUGCCACAACCCUGUCACUGUCUAGUGUAAAGGAGGAGGAAGGGGAGGAUGGUGAACAUGUUAUAACAGAAACAUACUCUAUUCCUACCACAACUAGAAGACAUUAUUCCAUGAAAGAGGGCACAACAGCAGACAAUCGCAAGCUACGCAGUCAGUCCCUACCCCCAUCCUCUACUCCCUUUGUCAAAAAACCUUUAGUAAUUGCCAGUAGUAGCGUAAAUUCUAAAAGAAGUAUUUUUGAAAAUUCUAAAAGUAAAGAAAGCAAAAAUCAAGCUGAUAGUGAUUCUUUAAAUAAUCAGAAUACCUUACAGAAAACUAGCCAGAAUUACCCUGAGAAAAUUGUGGAGAAUGUGGUAAUUAGCACCAAUUCACCAGCCCAUGUUCCUAACACAGUGCCUUCUAAGCAACAUUUACUAGUUCGAUCCAUGUCACAAGACAGCGUGUUAGGCAGGAGGGUGCCAUUCAUAUCCCAGAAGAACACAAGGAGCAGAUGGCUGGCUAGAUCUCAGUCCCAUGACAGUACACAUAAAUCAGAAACCCCUCCCUUGUUAGCCAAGAGUGCAACGUUGGAAGCCAGUCCAUUGAAUCUCUCCACUACGUUAACUGUGAGUCAAGAAAUAAAAAAACCUGAGGCCGCUACAGAACAGACAGUGGAAGGUGAUCUGACAGCCAAAUCAAACAGUGCUGGUACUCAGCUGGUGAAACUACAAGAAGACUUGGUAGAGCAGAUAAUUUGGAGAAGUGUUUCAAAAUUUGCCAAGUUACCUGUGAUCGAGGAGGUGGCUACCAUUGAUUUUAUCAGCUCUAGUGAGGACCAAAAAGCACCAAGUUCAACUGGUCAGGUUCAAGAAGCUGAUGAUCCAAAUAAAAAUGAAGUGCAAGUCAUCAGUGUAGAUGAUUCUCAAGAAGAGUGUAACCUAAUCUUCAUUGAUGCAGAUGAAGAUUCUGAGCAGUCUGUAACACCAGUCAUGAAAGAUUCCCCACCUCGUCAUACUCCGUAUGAUGACGUAAAGCUUGCAGAGGACUUGAGAAGUCUUCAAGACAAUCAAGCAUUUGAAAGGCACAAAGACAUGCUUGGUUCUUCCUUUGAUGACUCAGACAGUGACACAAGCUAUAAGAAUACACUGGAUAACAAAGACUUUGAUAGCUGCUCAGAGUGGAGUGAUAACAGCAACUGGGAGACUUUCUCUGAACUGAACAGCUUGGACUCGGCUGGGCUCAGCCAAAAGGAAUCAGAUGUAGAUUCAAAGUUAGAUGAGGAAAAUGAAGGCCCCUGGAGCGCUCCUAACAGUCCUUUACCUAUGCCGAGAGAUCCCAGACAUUAUGAUAGAGAGGCUUAUGCCAAGAGCCUGCCAAUGAUUUCAUCACAGAGCAGUCAGCGUAGAGAUGAGUUUAACCAAAUCAUGGCCAGACUAAGAAGGGAGGUUAAUUCCCCGCCAGCAAGCCCCAGAGAGUAUUAUUCUGUGGGUAGAGAAACGCCUUAUGGGUUGGACAGGAGCUCCCCAGCCAGGUCUGAAGGCCAUCGCUUUGACCCUUUUCAGACAUGGCACCCACAGCCUGCCGUAAGAAAACUGUCGUAUCCGCCUGUAAAUUAUUUUACCCUGCCGGCUUCACACCCACAGGAGAGGGGAGGCAGAGGGGUGUUUAUGAGGUCAUCCAGCGCUGAGACCGGAAGCGGAGAGGCUAUGUUUUCUGGACAAGGCUACUUAUUCAACCCCCUUACAUCUGGAAUUACUCGCCCUAGGUCACACUCCAUAAGUUCGGAUCAGACACAAGGAGUACUUUAUCCACCUUAUUUGUCUAAGAGCCAUCCUUCCUAUUACUACAAAAAGAAAUAAAGGAAAGAAAAGAAUUUUUUUAGGUGUGGAAUUGUAGCAAUAGAUAGUUCAGAAUAGAGAUCAGGAUUAAAAUUAACAUUAUUUAAACAUUUGCAUAACACUAUAUUAGCACUGAAUCAAAUAGAGAAACCUCUGAUUAAAAAAAUUCCUUUGUUGAGUAUUUUAUGAUCCAGUUGUCAAGCAGAAGGGCAGUGUAAUUGUGUAGGAUGUAAUGAGCACCAUCAGAGACAAAGCAGAUAAAUACUUACGGCACAGUUCCCAGGUCUAGAGCCCGCACCAGAGCCACAACCAGAAAAUCCAUUCUUCCACCAUGAUCUCCAUGCCUUGAUUGUUCAAAGGUCUUUCGUAUUGUACAGCCAAUUGAGACUCAUCAUUUGCAUGGCCCAAAACUAAGAGAAAUUCAAUGUGAUGACCACCCCUCUGCAUCCUCUUCACUAUCUCAUUUGCUUGCAAAGAAUGAAACUCAUUUUUAUUAUGUAAAACAGUCGGUCAAGAUUUUGGCUCAAAAUUUCUAUUUUUCGUCUUGGAAUAAUUAAAUCCUAAUUUAUUUCAUAGCUGCUGAGCUCUUCUCUUGUUGUGACUGAAUUUCGUAGUUUUUAAUAGCCUUAUGGGCGUAAUUUUAAUGGUUUUUUUCUUCUGACAUAAAUACUCCAAAGGAAUUAAAAACUUGGUCUAGCAGUUAGUUGUUGGUUUUUUUUUUCUUAUACAAGAUAUGUACAGCUUUUAAUAUAGUUUCAUUUGCCUUAUUUGAAAAAUAUUUUUUUUUGCUUUAAGUUAGUUUUGAAAAGUUCUUUCUUCAUGGUACUACAACAGUUUUUCAGUUGUUGAUAUUUAUUAAUUUAGUUUUUUUCAUAGGUGUGUUUUGCCUUUGUUCUUUUUCACUCUUUUUGAGUCUUUUGUUCUGACACAAACUUCUCAUUAUUAAAGUCCUAUUUUUUAAAAAUAAUCAUUUGACAGGGUGAUUUUAUUUCAUCAAUGGAUUAUUGUAUUGUCAGGUAAAAUAAAAACAAUAUUUGGAUUUAAUAUAUAUAAUUGCUAGCACAAAUAUUAAAAACGUCUUAACAUUUUUUAACUACAUGUGACAGUGUAUUAUACUUUUGAAGAAAUUGUAAAUCUACAUAAACUUUACAACUAAAAUAAUUAUUUCUCUUCAUGGACAUUUGUUUAUUAUGUUUUUAGUUUCUAGAUCAUGCUGAAGUGACUGGUAAUGAUGAAAGAUUGUUUUACAGUGAAUUCUCCUUUAGUCAUUCAUGCUGGCCGAUAUAACUAUUUUUUUUUUACUAAAUUGGCUUAGAUUAAGAUGGGGUUUUUUUUUCCAAUAUCUUGCUCUAAUAUCAUAUCUAGCUGCCUUUAUAAUGUAAUAUAUUAAAAAUAUUACACGUUUUUGAUACCACUAUUCCCAUAACAAACCAUACAGUUUAGUCUUGUAACCAUUGCUCUUUCCAAAUCAUACUCAUAGAAAGUAAAAUACUAACAAUAAAUAUCAAACAUGUUUUUGACUAAGACCUAAAAUUUCCAUUAUAGUUAGGUAUUUAUUCCCUCAGCUAGUUGCUUUGGUAGUUUGACAAAUAUUAAUGCAAGGUUUGUAUAUGCUGCUAGUAUACAUUAACUAAAAGUUUUCAUUAAUGAUAACUUGAGCGUAACACCUAGUCAUCUGAAAUAUUUAAGAUAUUUAUAUCACAAACAAUUAUUUUCAGAGCUUUUUCAAACACAUUCCAUUUUUUGCAAUGUUUACAACUUUAAUUACUACUAGUAUACCAAGACUUAAUUAAACUUAUUAAUACCUAGCUGUUAAGAGUGGAAAUACCUAACGGUGGAAUUUUCCCAACCCAGCAUUUUUUUGUACAGAAGUAAUGUUGAUUGAGGUAUGUAAGACUGGUCAAGUGUUUGUUACUUUUUUUAUUGUUUCAUUUUGAGGUACGCCAGCAAUGUUUCAUACAACUGGGUUUGCAUGUUAGAUAACUCCCGAAUACACAUGACUCCAGCAUUAUCUCUCUUGUUAUUAUUGAGUUUUGAUUUCCUUCAUGAUGACCUGCAUGUGUGAACCACAACUUUGUGACAUCUUUUUAAAUUUGUCAUUUUGUAUGCUUUUUUAAAUUUAAAUUGCCAACUAAAUUCUCUGGAUAUCCACUGAAUCUGAUGACAUUGAUCAUUAUGUCCCUAUUGUUUUUAUUGCAAGUUAAUCUAAUGUCAUUAUGCCAAAAUGUUAAGCUUUUUUUUUUUAAAUUUUCUUAGCAACAUAAUUUUACCUGAGGACAUUCUAAAAAUGUUAGAGCAAUUCAUGUUUUGGGGGUUUUUUAAACAAAGAAUUUGAAUAAAACUGGUUUAACAAUCAAUUUUGUUUUAAUAUAUUUAUUUGGAAAUUGUUAAUUAUUGAGGACUAUACACUGAUAACACUGAAGUUUUUUUUUUGCACCAUGUAACUUUUUAUGCUGAAAGUGGAUGUGCAAUCUAAUUAAUAUGUACUUAUGUGAAAAAUGUCGUACAAUUUCAAAAUGUAUUCUAGAAAUGAAAAUCUGAGUAAUCCUCAAUUCAUAUGAUUGUGUUAUUAUUUGCUUUUUAAUAAUAUUUUGCAUUUGUUCUUCAUUUAAAAUUGGUAAGUUGAUAAAUAAAUAUAUUCAGGGUAACUUUCCCUUUCAUUUUAUUUUAUUUUGGAUUAUUAAAGGAAUUAUUUAUAACAAAUUUGAGAUUUUGAAAAAUGUUUUUUAUUUUCUUAACAUUAUCAUAGCUAAUACAACUAAUAUUAUUCUUUGAAGUUAUAAACUUACAAAAGCUUGAUCUGAAUAGGUUUAUGAUGCGAUGUAGAAUAUUUGUUUCAAUGGUUGUGCUAAGUAUGUGCAUAUCAAUUAGCUUUUCUUAGUUAAAUGACUAAUGAAAGGUGGUUAAAAGAAUAAUUAAUUCAAAUUUUAGAAAAACAUUUUAAAAUAGUAAGACGAGAAUAUUUUUUAAAACCAUUUUUAUAUAGCUUUUUAUAAAGAUAACUAUUUCAGAAUAUAUUGAGAAUGAGCAAACUGAUAUUGAAGGAUAUGUAUGUUUUUCAAUAGAAAUCUUUAGCUGCCUUUUUUGAACAUUGUGUGAUCCCCUCACUCAAACUUGCCACUUUUUAAUUAACACAUAAGUGUUAUGUGUAGCUUACACCUUUUUACACUGCAGUUUUGUUUGAACAAUAGUUGAAUCAGUAAAUCUAGAGUACAAUUUUUAAUCUAAUAUCAAAAUUCACAAAUAAACAUUUACAGCUCUGAUUAUUUACAAUAAUUCAAAACAAAACAUGAAUUUAAAAUAAGGAAAUUUCAUGGUUUAAGGUUGCUUUAAAUUUCUUUGUACUUAAUCCUCAACUUAGUAAAGACCAUGUCAUUGAACCUGUUUUUUUUUUUAAACAUCUGCAAUAUUUCAGUUAUUUAAUAUGAUGGAAUGUUUUGAACAUGGGGUAAUUGUUUUAAACUUUUGAGGAAUCUUAAAAGAUGUGUUAAUCUACAGUGUAUGGAGAUACGAACAUGAUGCUAUAUAACACAUGGGUACCAUUACUGUACUAAGUUCUUGUGACAGGAGGACAUUUACAAAAGUAAAAUCUUUAUUGUACUAAGAUGUUGGGUCAUCAAGACAAUCUAUUCUAGUGAACACCGAGCUUCCAGUAGCUUAUGAGCUUCCAUCUAUGUUUAAAACUUUAUUCAAAAAAAAUAUUAUUGGGUAUUCAUGAAAACCAAUCUAUACAAAGAUACUGUACAGAAAAAAAUAAUUGUUUAUGCUUGAUGUUCUUUUAAUUUAGUUCCACGUAUAAUGACUUGGCAUGUUUCUUUUAAAUGAUACAUUAGAAAAAUGUAUACCCUAUCACCAGAAUUUUGAUUGUGUGUAUACUUUCACAUUAGUUUUUGUGCAGUUUCAUAUUAACAAUAUAGUUGACAUGAGGCAUAUGGAGUUAUUCCCCAUUUACUGUUUGAUGUGUAUUUUUGAAUGAUUAUAUACAUUGUCUGCCUGAUACGAGUGCAUGCUGCUAGACCCAUUCCAUUUUUAUUUCAAGUUAUAAUUUAGUUAUUUAAUUACAAGAUGCAAAAAUUAUACGUCUAAUUUAUUUUCCAAUAAUUUUGUUGCUUUUCCAUUACAGUAGUGCAGUUUUUAAUAGUUUAAUAAACAUUAAUAUUUUUAUUAGAUGCUGAGAUUUUAUGAAUAGUUCUAACCUUAACUACGCAUCUGAUUUAUUUUUCUAUAGUGUUUGUUUGUUCAAUUACAGUAGUUAUUUUUUAAGCUUGAUUAAACUAACAUAUUUAAUUUAGGUCUUGAGCUUUUAUAUAUAAUGAUAAUUUUAAUUACAGAAGUCCUAUUUAUUAUGCUUGUUUCAAAUUAAGCUUUACAUUCAUCAUAUUUAUCUUAAGUAAUACAAUGUAGCCACUUGGAUACUAUAACAUUUGAAACAUUGUCUUAAAGAAUGAACUUCACCUCCCCAUUGAAAACACAAUUAAAAUGGUGUACUUAAAAUAUGUGGGUGUCAAAUAUUUUUAAUUUGUUGAUAAUUAUUCCUGAAAUAUUAAAUCAUUAAUUUUUACCCCCCACACUUUUUUUGUUAUUAUGCUCAAUAAAAAAUAUGUUUUCUGCUGUAGAUUUUAAUUUUGUUUUUUAAAAAAAUGAUCUGUUUCUUUUUAUAUUUGCACCAUUUAUUAUGAUGCUUUGCUGUUUACUUUGUUUUGUUGCAGAUGUAAAGAAAGAAAAACAAUUAAAUAAAUACUCUGAUCCAAUA